GAAUGACUGUAAUUCCCUUCAGCACUUCACCCAGAGCUGUGGCUUCCAGCAGUCACGUCCCUCUUGAGAUGUGCCCUUGUUCUCUCCCGUGUCUCGUGUCUCGGGUGGGAUUACGUGGGAUCUUUCAGUUCUCUAGAAUCUCAGUUGUGCCUGAGAACGUUAUGCCGGCAUGUGGCCACUCCUCGUGGCUCCUGUGGGCGCUCACCCAGUGGAUCCCGUCUGAAUGUCAGCUACUUCCUAGCUGGUCUUCACCUUACAGUCCAGAGGAUCCUCUUGAUUUUUUCAGCCCUCUUUGUGGGCAGGUUAUGGUAUAAAACCCUGUUACAUAGAAGGGGCAUUGGGUCCUGUUCUGGCAGUUGGCCCCUCUGUGUUCCUCCCCCAAGGGGCCGGCGGAGGGAGGCUGGGCAGCCAGUGGCCCAUCACGUUUAUUCUCCAAGGCCCCCAGCCCUUCUCUGCUCCACAGAGCAGAGGGUACGUGACCCCUGACUCUAGAGCUGAGCCUCACAGGAAGGGCUCAUGGCCACUCAUGGGGACGGACCCAAGGGGAUGCUUGGGAUCCAGGUAGUGCACUGGACUCCAGAAGCAGCACCCAAAGGUACUGCUGUGGCCACGGCCAGUGCCCAUGGGUCUGGGGUGUAGGGGAGGAACCAGACGCCACCAUCUUCACCCAAACCUCUGGGAAUCCCUGGUGGUCUCUGGACAGAGACCAUCCCCAGACCACCCACUGCCCUUGCCAAGCCCAGGAAAGGCCCACCAGCCCUCCCAAGCUGUCCUCCCGGACGGGACAUGUUCUGGGCUGGACCUGUGGGCAGCAGGGGAGACUUCUCAUUCGGGGGGAGAGGUAUCUCAGUGGGCACCCAGAAUGGCAAGAGCUGUGAGCCUGUGAGCUCUGCCCUUGUUGCUGCUGGAUGGGUGGAUGCCCGGAUGUUACACAUCAGGGGUCUGAAGGUCACCAGGAAUGUGGCUGGAAUCUGCCUGGGGCCCUGUCUUCCCCCAGCCCCUUCAAGGCUGCCAAGUUUGGGCCUGUCCGCUCCUCCUGUCCUUAUUUGGCUCCCCAGGUGAUAAGGCUGAAACACAAAAGGGGCUGAGGGCCCCAUGCAGCGACCCAGCCAUCCACCAGGAGAGAGGAUGGUGAGUGUGAGUGGGGAAGCCAGAGGCCGCACACUCCCAGGCACAGUCCUCAGCCCUGAGGACUGCGGCGAGUGAGUGACUUCUGGGCUGGCCUUGGGCCUGGAGAGGGGGUCUCCAGAGAUGGGAGGAGGGCCCUGGCCUAGGCUCUCCUGGGAAUGCUCCAGGAGCGUGCCCAGGAACUGGGGUCUUUGGGGGGCCGGGGAGAGGACGUCUCCCCACCUGCAGUGUUGCAGGCCAGCAGGAAGGCGGGGACCCGGGGCAAGGCUGCAGCCACCAAGCAGGCCCAGCGAGGCUCCUCCAACGUGUUUUCCAUGUUCGAGCAAGCGCAGAUCCAGGAGUUCAAGGAAGCCUUCAGCUGCAUCGACCAGAACCGCGAUGGCAUCAUUUGCAAGUCAGACCUGCGGGAGACCUACUCCCAGCUGGGGAAGGUGAGCAUCCCAGAAGAGGAGCUAGAUGCCAUGCUGCAGGAGGGGAAAGGUCCCAUCAACUUCACUGUCUUCCUCACGCUCUUCGGGGAGAAGCUCAAUGGAACGGACCCGGAGGAAGCCAUCCUGAGCGCCUUCCGCAUGUUUGACCCCAGCGGCAAGGGUGUGGUGAACAAGGAUGAGUUCAAGCAGCUUCUCCUGACCCAGGCUGACAAGUUCUCUCCGGCGGAGGUGGAGCAGAUGUUUGCCCUGACGCCCAUGGACCUGGCAGGGGACAUAGACUACAAGUCUCUGUGCUACAUCAUCACCCACGGGGAUGAGAAAGAGGAGUGACUGUGGCACAGCUGGGACUCGGG